AUAUUACCAUAUAAUUUGUGCGCAUGCUUUUUACUAAACAUACUUUUGUCUUGCCAACUACUUCCGGAACGGAGAGUCGUCCAUUUUUUCGUACACGCGCAAUGGGUAAAGAGCCAUUUUGUUCGGAGCAGCAACGUGGCAGCCGGUCUUCCCGGUCUUCCUCCCAUAAUGAACAUUCUUACACCACUAUUAGUCAUUACUAUCGGUAUAACAAGUUGCUUCUCGGCCACCGAAAUAUUACAAUCGACAAACUCCUAUUUAACAACGGCUGAUAGGGUUCAUUUAAAGAAGAUACUUGAACCAGGCUUAACAUCAAAUGAUGUUGCACUUACAUAUUAUGCAGUUCAUGGAUACACAUUUCUCAAAGAAGUUUUGCCAAACAAACAGGAUAUUUGUAACUUUCUAAUAAAAGUUAUACAAGAUGAUAACAAUAUCACAACAGAAAAAGCUUUUUACAUUGCAUCUACCUGGCGAAAUGUGGGAAAUUGUCAAUCAAAUCCUCCGUCUAAUAUUAUAAAGGUACUGGUGAGUGCGAUAGAGAAAGAGACUUUGAGUAUGGUGGAAUUAUACUAUGCAGUAAGCGGCUUGACUGUUUUAUCGGAAAAAUUAUCCCGUGAAAAUGUGGAUAAUGUAAUUAAGACAAUACAAAAUACAUUGCGAAAGGAUGAUAAUUUAUGGAACUUGGGUUAUACAUUCCACAUCGCUUCAGAUCUUGGUGGUACCUUUGGUUUUGAUCGUAUCGAAGACGCGAUUAUUCAGGCAGAUGAGGUAGAUGGACAGUAUUUGCAAUUCGAAGGUGGUCUCUCUGUAACCAGUUUCCUAGUAAAUGGUAUUUUUAAACUAUCCAACACGUUGAAAAAGAAACCGCCAUUAACACCUCAGCAGAUAGUAAAAAUGGCUAAUUAUCUUCUAUCUCGACGUUCCGUACAGACACCAAGAGGCGUUACAAGUUUGCUUUCAGCAUUAACGACUUUGGCAAACAAUGAUUUUGAGAAACCAACCUGUGUAAUAUUAGCCAAUGAAGAAAUCAGCAUUUCUACGCAACAGCCCUUUGUCACAAUAAGAGUUUGCGAUAUACUAGGCAAUCCGUUAACCAACACGUUUAAAGUGAUUGCAAAUUCUGCAACAAGAGUCGGUGAUGAUGUCGUUAUAUUCAGCAAACAAAAUUUGCAACCUUCGUCAACGGAUAGGACCUUAUUCAUGAUGAACUUCAUGGAAACGAAACCAGAACGUGGAUUUUACAAGAUAUCAGUCACUGCUGGUUCGGUAACGAAUACCGUUAUGGUGAAAGUUCUUUGCGAAGUUGUAGUUGAUCAUAUGGAAAUUGGUACUGCUGAUGCUGAUCAAACUACUCAACCAAAGCUUACACGAGUGCAUUUCCCUGAAAAAUUGUCACAAAAGAUUGAGGCCGACUCUCAACAAAAAUUAGUUAUGCGGUUUCUACUAAAAGAUGCUGCUAAUAAAAAACCUAUGCGCACACAUCAAGCAUUCGUACGGCUUUCUUCUGCGUCUAUUUCAAACAACGAUAAAAAAGGACAUGAAAUUUUGUUUGUCGCUGAAACAGAUACAUCACAUCUUUAUAAGUUCGAUAUGCCGGUGGGAGGAACAGCAGCGAAUUUUGACUAUGAAAGCGGAGACUAUAAUGUGGAAUUAAUUGUCGGUGAUGCAGUACUGAGUAAUCCUUUUCAAUGGACAGUGGCAACAGUUAGCCUGAAGUUCCCUGAACCGUCUUCGACUGAACGAGCGGAUAAAAAUGUUUUUUACAAACAUAAAUUCAACAUUUACACGACUAAGCCGGAAAUAAAGCACAUGUUUCGUAAACCCGAGAAGAGGCCUCCCGCCUUUGUUUCAAAUUUAUUCACCGGUUUGUGCUUAGCACCAAUUCUCUUAUUGCUUAUUUUAUGGGCUAAACUUGGAGUGAAUAUAUCAAACUUUCCAUUUUCGAUUAGUGCUGUGACGUUUCAUCUCGGAUUGGGAAGUAUUUUCACACUUUCCGGAAUAUUUUGGUUAAAAUUAAACAUGUUCGUUACUCUUCGAUAUCUGUUCGGACUUGGUAUUGUUACAUUCCUUGCAGGCAAUAAAAUGUUGUCACGUAUAGCGCAUAAACAUAAAUUGCGUUAACUCGUUAGACCACAAUGAUAUUUUUAUAAUCGUUUCCGGAACUUAAGUUAUUUGACAUGAAGGAGGACAAGAGAAAUCCAGGCAAAAGCAUAAGACUGGCUUCACUAGAAAUAAAUCACCGGAAGUAACGAACGAACGAAUUUGUUACUGCCGGUAUUUUAUGAUGAACGGUCGCGUCGAUAUUGUGUAGCGUAAACUACGAUCGGUCGAUACUACCGAUAAGCAAUAUGCAUAUAUAUUUUUCAUCGUAAUCAUAUGCGAAAUAAGUUAGAUUUGUGAUUAUAAUGAAUUAUCGCAGCUAUGAACAAUUCUAUUUAUUAAAAACAAGCUGUACUCUACACGUCUCAUGUUUAUCGGUACACUGUAUGCUUGUUAUAGGAAUGCAUAAGAAAUUUGAAAUUCUUACACAAAUUGUUCAUAUUACUGCAUUUUUGAUUCUUUAUUAUGAUCUAACGUUUAUGAUCUCAUGUAAAUACGUGAGAAUACCUCUGAGAAGAAAUUGAUAUAAUCACGUCAUUUUCAAUGGUAUACGAGUACCACCAUCACACUUGUACUUGAUGAUAAUAAACCGAUUUUUAGUAGA